ACUUUCCCCUCAUCUAACCCUAAUUCAGUUCUAAAUCAUCCUUGGAACCCAUGGGCAUGAAUUUCUUCGAGGCGGACAAAGAGGUCUUCUGGGACGUGACUGAGUUCCCUAUCCGUACCACCGAUCGCUCUUAUCUCGACACUCCCAAAUCAGUUCUUGAAAAACGUGCUUAUACUGGUAAGCUGCAAAUCACGGCUUAUGGUGAGGAGAAACCGGACAAUAUGGGUGAUGGAAUCACCUUCGAACUCAUAAGGGAUAAAUAUGCGAGACUGAAUAGGAGGAUGUUACUGGACAUUGGUCUAUGGGAAUUGGACACAACUCUCUUGUCUACCCCAAAAAAUGUGAUGGUAAUGGCGGAAAACAUAAAAGAAGAGACGAGCUUUGUCUUCUUAUAAUUUGAUAUCACUUUGGAAUAGUUGUCUUUGGGUGUGCCUGAUGAUUACGAAGAUGAGAAAGUAUACCGUCUCAAACUUCCUGAUUGCGACGUUAUAUGGAAAUGGCAAGAUCUAUUGGCUGGAAAAGAGCCUAUGUCCCGUGAGGCUGUACGUGCAUUGCGUCUCAAG